AUGUCAGAUCGUCACUCUUUUCUCUCGACAACGGGGCUUAUCAGAGCAUCCUCGAAUGCAUCGACAAUAAGUCCCGCAACACAUGCUAGACCUGGCAGCACGAGGCCAGGAAAACAGACCCACCCUAGGAAGCCAAAAAGCUCAGCGAUAGUGACGAGGGGAGGAAUCACACCAUUAGGUCCGGCAUUUCUAGUCGGCAUAGCAGUUGUGCUUUCCUUGCUAUUCAUAUCGUCGAUUGCAUGUGCGUUCGUGGGAUCGGAUGCAGACGAGCCACCUUUCAAGGGGCUUCUAGAUGGUAUCGCGGUAAACAAUCCUGGUAUCGUGCUAUUGGGCGACAACGUCGACGUAGAUGUCGAUGAGCCCUCCGUCACGAUUCGUUGGACCGUUAUCGGGUGCGGGUCGGCUUUCGUCUUGGCUGGUUCAGAGGGGACACACGGGAGCACUGCGUGUGGUCUUCCAUCCAUACCUCUGAACGUCUAUGUAGAUAGUGGAGACGCCGCUGCUUUUACCUAUGACCCUGGUUUGUUUCCUAUUGUCAAUAAGACUGGCCAGCGAAUCGGAAUCCAAAAUUUAUGUCAAUUUGAUAGCGACCAUGUCCUCGAUGUUCACGAGGCUCGCCUGUACCCGUUCGACACAUACCAACUCACCAGCACAUUGCGAAUCAUGUCAAGCGACAGCCAAGAGCCCAUUACCAUGAGUGCUUUAACCACCCUCAAGCUGACCUCAAGUUUUGUCAUCUCGCCUAGUGAUGUAGCAAGCUACAUGAAUACCUCGACCAAUGUGAAUGAACCCGGUCGAGAUAUUACGAUAGACAUCACGCGACCAGGCGAAGCCAAAUUUUUCACGUUGUUGCUGUUCGCCAUAAGCUGGAUGCUGACACAUGCUACAAUGGGUUUCAUCGUACUGGCUUGGGUGACCACAGACGAGAAGAGAGUCUUGCAGUACCUGUUCUUUGUUAUCACAGUCCUUUUGGUUAUUCCACAGCUGAGGAAUGCGAUGCCGGACGCUCCAGGCUUCGAUGGUGUCUUGCUUGACUCCAUUGGUUUCUUUCCACAAAUGAUGUCUUCCGGAAUGACGAGUGUCGUACUUUUGAUUAUUAUCGCGAAGAGGGGUCUGGAAUCCAUGGGGAGAGGAACAAAAAUAGCAGAGAAAGAAGAGAAGAGAGCCGUACGUUCGGCUACGAAAGGCCUAGACAGAUUGCGUAGACAGGGAUCAUCAGUGGACUUCCAGCAUCUUCGUAGUUGGAGUAGGACCGCGUUUCGACUUGAGAACUCGAUAGCAGAGGUGGCUUGA